AUGACCCAUCCCCCCGAUCUCCCUAGGUUACCACUAUAUUGUCCAUCUCGCCUUUCUCCCGGUUAUGCAUCGCUUUCAUCGUCUCCCGCCUGGCGCGAUGGCGUUGGCGGGUCUGGUGCACUUGCGCUAGGCCAAGUCUGGCCACACAGCGACCACUACGGCUCGGUCUCGCAGCAUUCCGAGCGGAGCACCGGUGCUGCGGAUCGAUCGGCGUUCAGCCCGGAGCCCCCGAAGCCCCCGGAGUCCCCCGAGUCCCCUGGCCCCGCCGCCCUCUCCCGACCUGGCCACUCCUCACUCACCAGUUUCAAAGACGGGUCAAAGACGGUCGCUCGACACGGUUAG